ACUCAGGGUCGGUCUCCUGCUCCGCUGCGAUGAGUCCUCAUGCCUGGAUCUUGUGCGCUCUUCUCUGGGUCCUCACCGGUGAACGGAGCCAGGGCGCUUCUAGGGGGCCCGUCCCGAGCCGAAAGAGGAGGCUCGCAGAAGACGGGGAACCCAAAAAGUGCUCUUACACGUUCUUGGUCCCGGAGCAGAGGAUCACAGGGCCGAUCUGUGCCAGCCAGGGCCCUUCUCUGCACGAUAAAGAGCGCGUGACGCAGACGGACGUGGCGGAUGUCCGCGAGAUCUUGACCAAGCAGAGGCGUGAAAUGGACACGCUCCGGUUGAUCGUGGACGUGGAUGGAAACAUGGUCAACGAAAUGAAACUGUUGCGUAAAGAGUCACGCAACAUGAACUCGCGCGUCACACAGCUGUACAUGCAGCUGCUGCACGAGAUCAUCCGCAAGCGGGAUAACUCCCUGGAGCUGGCGGCGCUGGAGGGCCGAGUCCUGAACAGCACGGCGGAGGCGCUGCGGGUGUCCGGCCUCUACCGGGAGCUGGAGCUGCGCUUCUCCACGCUGGCGGCGCUGGUCAACAACCAGUCUUUGCUGAUCGCCGCUCUGGAGGAGCGAUGCUUGCAGGUGUACGGGAAUCACCCGCGGGAGCCGCCGCCUCCGCCGCUCCUGCAGGUCGUGCCGGAGAACAUCCCUGUGUUCGUGCCCCGCCUCUCCAACGAGAUCCAGAGGAGCCCCGGCGUGCCCGUCUCAGAGGACAGGCCAACACGUCAGGCCAACGCCAGUCUGGAGGGUCCGUUCCGGGACUGUGUGCAGGUGAUGCAGGCGGGACACACCACCAGCGGGGCGUACCUGCUGACGCCGGAGGGCUCGGAGACGCCGGUACAGGCCUGGUGUGAGCAUGACGUGGACCGAGGCGGCUGGACCCUCAUCCAGAGGAGGAAGGACGGGUCCGUCAACUUCUUCAGGAACUGGGACAGCUAUAAGAAAGGCUUUGGAAACGUGGACGGCGAACACUGGCUGGGUCUGGAAAACAUCUAUAACCUGGGCAGGCAGGAGGACUACAAGCUGCUGGUGGAGCUGGAGGACUGGAUGGGUAAAAAGGUUUACGCGGCAUACAGCAGCUUCCACCUGGAGCCGGAGAGCCAGGCGUACCGUCUGCGUCUGGGCUCGUACCAGGGCAACGCUGGAGACUCCCUGACCAGCAACAACGGCAAGCCCUUCACCACGCUGGACCGCGACCACGACGUCUUCUCAGGGAACUGUGCUAAUUUCCACAAGGCCGGCUGGUGGUACAGCGCCUGCGGUCAGACCAAUCUGAACGGCGUGUGGUAUUCAGGAGGAGUGUAUCGCAGCCGGUUUCAGGACGGCAUCUUCUGGGCCGAUUAUGGAGGGGGUUUUUACUCCAUGAAGUCUGUGCGGAUGAUGAUCAGGCCCGUUGACUGACGCUCGAGCGGAUCA